GCGAGGACUGACUGGAAAUCUAAUAGAUUAUGAAUCACGAGGCUUAUUUAAAUAACCGACCGCUCUGCCGACCAAUCACGAGAAGAGUUUCGGUACCGAUGAAGUCUUGGUUCUGCGCAUGCUCAGAAUGCUUCGAUCUCUAGAACACAGUAACGUCUUCAAUGAACGUGAGCGCGCUUGUAGGUCUUUCCGGAUGAAUUAAUCCUCUGUUCAUGAAACCGGAAAUAACUGACUCAGGACAGGCAGAACAGACAUGUUGACUUGGUCCUCCGCGAUGACUUCAAAGUAUUAAAUUCACUGUAAAUCAUAUAAUGUGAACACCUCUAAAGAUACCAGUUUUGAUGUGACAAUGGACACUUCACAUCAUUUCUUCUUACUGUUAAUGUUUUUGCAAUAUACAAUAGGAACCGAUACAACCUGCGUAAAAAUUCUUCCAGACUCCAACAGUAGUAUUCCUGUCGAGGUGGGGAAAAACUUCACGGCGACAUGUCACCUGCGGGAGGGAUCUGAUUACACCUCAAAUGACAUUGAAUGGUUUUUGGAUGAUAACAGCAGCAUUGCAAAGCAGCAUUAUCAUAAAAUAAAUGAAACGUCCGUCAGUGUUACUAUUACCGCCAGCAGAAAGUUGAAGGGCUGGUUGAAGUGCACAGCCAGCAGGAAGUCCUUGUCGUUCAAACAACCGUGUUCCUAUGGAGUCUCAGUCCUUGCAGGAUACCCUCCGCUGAAACCAGAGAAUCUGACGUGCAUUGCUCUCCAGGAGGGCAAUGAUAUUUCCCCUCACUUAAACUGUUACUGGGAUCCAGGAUCGCGGGAUCCGCUGCUCGACACCACUUACACUCUUCAUGUUAAACAUCUUCUAGGUAAUACACACGAUUCCAACAGCUGUAAACAGCAUCUUGCAAGAAGUUGCAUCGUCAACCUGGAAACUUUUCCGCUUUACGUGAGAGUGAUUGUGUGGGUUGAAGUGAAGAACGGGCUGGGGUCAGUACGGUCAGACGAACUCCAAUGCGAAGCUACAAAGUUUGUGAAACCCAAUCCACCAUUGGUCCAACCUAUUGCUGAAGUUAACUUCUCCACAUCUCUCAUGGUUACUUGGAGAAAACCCAUUAAUAACAACAUUAUGGAACUCCAUUAUGCCAUCAGAUACUGCCAAGUAGACUCAGAUGUUUGGACCGAGGUGCCUGAGGACUUCACCCAAGGGCACAAGGAGUCAUUUAGACUGCAGUCGCUGAAGCCUUACACUCAAUACGUGGUACAGAUGCGAUGCACUGAGCAGCAUGAAAGCUACUGGAGUGACUGGAGCAACAAUGCUACAGUUCGCACUGCAGAAGCCGAGCCAGCAAGCGCACCAGAUCUGUGGAGAAUCAUCCAGCCCACUUCUGAUAAUAGAAAUAUCAUAUUACUAUGGCAGCCUCCUGUGAAAGCUAAUGGAGAAAUACUUAAAUAUGACCUGUAUAUCAGUCAAGAUAACGGGAAGCUUGAAAGAACCGAUGAAACACCAGAUAAUCGGAGGCAUCCGAUGCAGUUGCCACCAGGAAAAGAGGCAAACAUUGAAAUAACUGCAGCCAAUUCAGUUGGAGUGUCUCCUAAAGCAACUUUAUUCAUUCCAAGAUCAGAUCAAGAGCUCCCUGGCGUCGGAAGUGUGAGCUGCUCGGUGCGUGACGGAGAGCUGCGGGUGGAGUGGACUGGAGUCCCUCCUCACCCUAGCAUCAGACAUCCCUCUGAAUUCCUGCUGGAGUGGGUGAAUGUGCAUCAGAGAGAGCUUCAGCCCCAAUGGAAGAGAGUUCCUCACAACGCCAACACCACCACAAUUACCGGUCUUGAAAAACUGAAGCAGUACAACAUAUCUCUGUAUCCAAUUUACAAGCAUCGCUUGCACACCAAAGCAAGUAAACCAUCCAUCCAAGCAGGACGACCAGUGACCAUAGCAGCCUACAUUCAACAAGACUCUCCAGAAAAGGGCCCUACUGUCACAGUUACAAAAUCUAAGAAAAAUAGUGCUGAGUUGACAUGGGAGGAAAUACCCCUGGACAGUCGGCGUGGCUUCAUCACCAACUACACCAUAUUCUAUAGGGCCGGCAACACUGAGCACUGGCAAUCUGUGACGGUGUCUGCUAAUGUCCGAUCACAUGUACUGACUGAUCUGGCCAGUGAAAUGGAUUAUGUGAUUCACAUCAUGGCUUCAACAGUAGCAGGCUCCAAAAAUGGAUCAGACUUUAAUUUCAAAACAAUGAAGUAUGGUGAUGGAGAGGUGGAGGUGAUUGUAGUCGUGGUUUGCCUCAGCUUCCUGUUCCUGACUGUCUUUUUUAUAAUGUUCUUUCUCCGGAAAAGAGAAGUGAUUAAGCAGCUGUUGUGGCCACAGGUCCCUGACCCGUCUGACAGCUCUAUUGCCCACUGGUCACCUGAUUUUCCUGUAAAGGCCGAUAUGCCCAAAGAAGACGUCAGCGUGGUGGAGGUGGACGUGUUUGAUGGAAAGUCGUUGUGUGAGGAAGACAAAAGCGUGCUGCCUCUGAAGAAGGACAAGUAUCUGUCUGAGGAGCACAGCAGUGGCAUCGGAGGCUCGUCCUGCAUGUCGUCGCCCCGCCACAGCGUGUCGGACAGCGACGAGAGCGACUCGGGACAGACCACGGCCAGCACCGUGCAGUACUCCUCGGUGGUGGCCAGCGGGUACAAGGGCCAGACGCCCAACCACCCGCCGCCGGUGUUCGCGCGCUCCGAGUCCACACAGCCGCUUCUGGACUGCGAGGAACAUCCCGACCUCCUCAACGAGAGCGGCGGCCACUCCAGGAACUCUUACUUCAGACGAGGCAGAGAGCUUGAGCCGGGCGUCCUCACUCGGGACUGCGACGAGCCCAACGCAGGCUCUCUUACUUUCUGUCCAGUGCAGGAGGAAGAGGCGUCUCCCAUCGUGGAGGAUCCGCCUGCCUCUGGUGUAAGUUACAUGCCCCAGCAGAGCGGCUAUCGACCUCAGUAAAGCUAAACUCGUUUGUUGAUGAACUUUCACAUUUUAAUGGGAUUGCAAGCUUACGCCAGACAUGUAUGAUAACACUAGACCGCUCCCCAAUGAAGCUGCCUGCACUUCAAGACGUCACACUGCCAUGUGCCUUCUGUGGGCUAACGCUUGUUACUGUUUGUUGCUUUCUUGUAUAACUGAAACAACUGUUAUAACUGUUUUUUUUAACCACACGCAUACUUAUUUGUAGCAUUGCCUUAAAUUGUUUUGCUUUUUGGUUUUGCUAAAGUCUGUUUUUAUACUAAUGAAUUUCCUUUUUUUGUUUUAUUUUUGUUGGCAAGGUGCUGGCAAUGUACAAAGCCUCAAGUUGCGAUUGUAAUCUUCGCAAUAUAGACACAGUGUUGUUCAAAAAAAAAGAACACUUUGCCAUUGUGGUAUUGCAAAUAUUCAUAUUUUCAACAACAUACUACAGAAUGUCAACCCUAGCUUGAGUUAACCUUGCUUCCAAGUUCCUCAUGAUCAUUUUCUCCAAGAUUAAACUAACACUACAUUAAAAUGUCAAUUAUGAAAUGCAAAUAUUUCAUUGCAUGCCUUAUCAUUAAUGUAUCCAUGUAUCUCUGUGAUUUAUGUGUUUAUAUCAUUGCAUCACUUGUAUAUCUGAUAAAAGGGCAAAUAAUUACUUUAUUCAAAUAUUUUGUAGUCUCAAUGUUCACUGGUGGCACCAAACAAACAUUUCUAUCUACCAACUUUAGACAGCUUUACUUCUAUCUCAGACACCUUCUGUCUAUGGAUAUUGCUUGGAUGCAUUUCCAUUGUAACAGCGGCUUCUCUUGAUUGGUGAGUCCCACUUCAGGAUUGUGGGUAAUGUAGUACUUUGCCUGUAAUUUGGCAUGGUUAUAAGUUUGUAACUUGGUACAACAAAAUUUUGAGAAACUAUGUUGUAUUAUAAGCAAUGAGAAAUUGAACCAUUGUAAAAUGAAUAUGCAUGAUUUGAAUAUUCACCAAUUCUUAUUAAAGCUACAAAAGUUCAGGCAA